AUGCCGUCGAAGUUAUUUGUUGGCAAUCUACCCGAUAAUGUAGACUCCAACAAGCUGAAGCAGGUCUUUCAACCGUUCUGUAAAGUAACCGAAUGUGAUAUAGUGAAAAAUUAUGCAUUCGUUCAUAUCGAAGAGGACGAUGUGGACUCAAUUAUUACUCGUUUGACUGGCUACACGAUCGAAGGAAAAGUUGUUAACAUUAAAAAAUCUACUUCAAAACUUCGUCCAACGCCCGGCAUGCCUAAUCGGUGCUUUAGAUGCCAAUCAGAUGAUCACCGUACACCCAAUGUCCACAAGAUCCGUCAAAUAGUUGGUAUCAUUAAAAUCGACUUGACAGCAGGCGGUGGUGGACUAAAACGACCAGCUGUCGAACCAAUUCUCGAUAUGUCGAAAAGAAUGGCUUUUGCUCCUCAAGCUGUUGUUGAGCCUGAAGUUCCAAGACCAAUGGACCCAGAUCUCCAAGCGUUGUACCAAGAGUAUCAACUGUCUCGACAGCGUUACGUAUACUACCGCGACCGUCUUCUCAAAGAAAUGGAAGUAAACAACACGGAUCAACAGCUGGUUUCGCUCUCUCAUCCACCUCGACCAUCCCCGCUUUCCGCCGCUCCAGUCUCCUAUCAACCAGCUGCUCCGCCGUCUUUAUCUGCUGUCAACGCUCCUUACGCUGCACCUUCCAAUUUGAGGGCUCCAUAUGCUCUUCAAUCCGCUCCAUACGCUUCGGCCAUGCCACCAGCGGCACCGUACGGAUCCGUGAAUCCUCCGCAGUCCAGUGGAGUGAUGACUACCCAACAGUACUUGCAACAAAUGCAGCAGCAACACACUGGUUCCCCUGCUCCGGUCCCUGCUCCAGCCAGAUAUUAG